AUGGAGAGCAUUGUUCUGGGCCCUACGUUUCCAGAACAGAAAGGGGAGGCAACGUAUACUAUCCCGGAAGAGUGUGAGAGGCUCUUCUGUGACAGCUUGUCAGCGAUCUUCCUUGGUGAGAGGAGCGACGCUGGACGAGAGUCGCUUGGGAUAGAUGCGGGUCAAAUUGCACGGAAUUGCGUACCGCAUGGGCGUGCUCGGGUUGAAAAAUGGUUUGAGGUGUUGGAUUACACGAGUGAUUCCAUAUACCGAGGAUUUGUGACCGACAUAAGUGGCGAUCGAACGUUAUUUGUGUUCUUCGGCGACGAUACACUUGGGCAUGGCCUCAAAACCGGGCUGAUCGCCCUCUUCGAGCUAGCAGCCAUUCCUAAUUUCGAUUGCGCCCGGAUCGUGGCCUGCGUUCCACGCUUCCAGGACGCUUCGGAGACUGAGAUUGUCAGGAAUCUGGGCUGGUGCGGCUUUAAUCUGACAACCUUACAGCCAUGGAGUACGAGGGCGUCUCCUCUUAGUACCAAGUGGCUGUUCUUGGACGCCGAAGUUUAG